UGAUCACAGACCUCCUGGAAGGGCGGUGGGAGUAACGGAACAGUCGGAGAAUAAAUGGCCUGCUGCCAUGUAUUUUAUUUACCUCAUCUCUUUAUUUAGCUGCCCUUAUAAGGAAUGCCAUCCAAGAAGGACUGACUUGUGGCAGCUGGUCAGGUGGCCAGGGAAGAAUCGCUUUCGGACACGCAGGAGAGGAUAGCAGAGAGAAGAGAGUGGCGGGGCCCGAGCUCCGGGAACCUCGGCCCCCGCAGGACCGAGAAGUCGCCCGUGGCUCCUCGGCCGGCCCCCGUCCUAGGUCCCCGGUCCGAAGUCACUCCGGCUUACCGGAAAGAGCCUCGUCAUUACCCCGCACCCCGGACACUUCCUUACAGAGACUCACUCACUGGCCGGGCGGGCCUCCCCGGGGCGCCGUCCCGCAAGCGCGGCACCUCCGCCGGGGCCCCUCUUCCGCGCCCGCCCGGGGAUCCCCGCUCCAGCGAAGCCGCUCCGAACGCCGCCGGCCGAGGGCCCCGAGCCGGGGCCGCUGGGCGUCUGGCCGAGAUUCGAAAGAGCGAGUGAAACAGAAAACCCCGAGGAGAGUUUCGGAACUUCUCUUGUGGUUGCGAACUGUACAGUUUCAACCUGCCCGAGAGCGACCUUGGCUGGACCCUGCAGGCGAGAACCGCGCCCCGCCGAUCGCAGGAGCCGGGUGCGGAGGAGGAGUGGGCGCAGGGCUUCCUCAGUCUAGGGCUGAAGACUGUGGGCGGUGCCAGGAGGCAGAGGUAUAGACACACCCCAGGCUACCUUUUCCGGUCAUGCUCCUAAAACUGCAGGGAGGAAAGUCACUGGCUCACACCACAGGUCAUCUUUUGCUGACACUGCUGCUGACCGAAGCUGGGAAGACUCUGGGCAAUGCCCACUCUCUGUGCCUCGACCUCACUGUCAAAAAACAGUCCAGACCUGGCCAGCCCUGGUGUCAAGUCCAGGGCUCCGUGGACACAAAGCCUUUCCUCCAGUUUGACAGUGACAGGAACAAGGUCAGACCUUUGGGUUUCCUGGGGGAGGAGGUAAAUGACUGAAUUGAGCCAAAUGCUGGGAGAAGCAGGAAGAGAGCUCAGGAUGGUCCUGCCUGUCAUCAAACUGGACAAAAAGGAGAUGAGGGGUCAGGCUAUGCUGUCAGUGUGAAGCUGAGCAAUGCUCUGGUGCAUCCUUGCUCUUCAGCCGCGAUGGAUGGAUAGCUCUCCUCCUUGACACCAUGAGCAUAACCUGGACACUCAUCGAUCCUGGAGCCACAGGCCUCAAGGAGGAAUGGGAGAACAACCAGGAACUGGCAGAGUAUUUCAGGAAGAUCUCAACGGGAGACUGCAGUUAUUGGCUUAGGGAAUUCCUGGAACACUGGGAGAACAUGCUGCUCCCAGAGCCAACAGGAACCUCACACUGGUCAGAAUGGCCAUACUGAAAAGUCUAUGACUUUGAGGAUGCUCCGGGACUUGGUGAUGGACAGGGAAGCCUGGCGUGCUGCAGUCCAUGGGGUCACAAAAUUCGGACAUGACUGAGCAACUGAACUGAACUGAACAAACAAUAAAUGCUGGAGAGACUGUGGAGAAAAGGGAACCCUCCCACACUGUUGGUGGGAAUGUAAAUUGAUACACACACAAUGGAGAAAGCCCAAGCACAGCUCAAGUGGGAAGAGGCGGCAGCAACAGCCCUUGCGGCGGCGAGGAGGGCAGAGCCCAGAACGGAAGCGGCUUCACCCGGUGACGCCGGCGCCGGCCCGGCCCCGCCCCGGGGUUGGCCUCCGCGCAGAGGAUCUGCCGGCUGCCAGAGAAGUGCAGAACGUGCCUCCGAGGAAAGGAUCCGCUCACCUGACCUGGCAUCCUCCUCUCGUGCAAAACCGAGAUCCAGGUGGCGAAGGGAGCGAUGGGUGGCCCCGAGACCCGCCUUGGCUUCCUGGUCCUGCUUCUGAUUGUCUGCUUCAGCGGGACGCCCGGCGAUGCUCACUCUCUGUCCUAUAACUUCACCAUCGAUCCUCAGCCCAGACCUGGACAGCCAUGGUGUGAAGUUCAAGGCCAGGUGGACGGAGAGGUUUUUCUGUCCUAUGAUUGUGGUCAUGCUAAGAUCAUAUUCACAAGUAUAUUGGCCGAAGAAAUGAAAACCGUAAAGGCCUGGGAAACACAGAUAGAAACACUCAGAGACAUCAGGGACCAUCUGCGUGACUUUACACUGGAGAAACCCAUGGUCACAGACCCUCUCACCCUGCAGGCCAGGAUGACAUGUCGCUGUGAGAAUGACAGACACAUCAGUGGAUCCUGGCAGUUUGGCUUGAAUGGACAAAUGAGCCUCCACUUUGAUUCGGAGAAUGGACACUGGAGAGUGGAUCACCCUGGAGGCAGAUGGAUGAAAGAGAAGUGGGAGAAUGACAGAGCUGUGACCGAGUUCCUGAAGAAGGUGUCAUUGGGAGACUGUGGGUCCUGGAUUCAGGCUUUCAUGGUGUGCUGGGAGAAAAUGCUGAAGACCUCGGCAUCACCGAUCAUGGGCCCCUCUGCAGUCCAGCCCAUGGCCACAGCCAUCAAGUCUAAAGCCUGGAUCCUCCCCGUGGUCCUCACCAGUUUCAUCAUAACUGUCUUCGUGGGCUGUGUCCUUUCCAGGAAAAGGAGAUGCUGCUCUCAUCAAGCCCCUGACACAUUCUCUGUCGGCCUCAGGACUCAGUCUUUGCUUGGCCGCCUUUGUUCUACUGACCACUUUAGAGCCAGGAGAUCACACCAGUAUGCAGAGCCUGCCUUCCAGUUGUGCUGACCCAGAUGCUCAUUGUCUUCUGACCAGUCAUAUGGUGAACAGGCUUCUCAGUCUCUUUUUUUCUUCCCAUCCUCUUUUGCGUCUUUCUCUUGGUGCUAAGUGAUGGAAUCCCUGCACUGAAAUAUUCAACUUGCUGAAUAAGAAAUCUCCUCAAACAGGACACUUUCUUCUUCUAGUUUGGGAAAAUGAGACUCUUCUCUGUAUGGCAAUCUCAGUGUUGCAAAUGGUGAUAGUGGAAGAAAAAUACCAUCUGCUAUUACAGGACUCAGGGAUUCUUUCUAUGUUCAGAGAAACAUCUUCAGAGUAUUUUCAACAGAACAAAAUAUUAUGUCUGAAUGUCUCUUUUAGUCAUUUUAUUUCAUAUGGUAAUAUUUAAGUCAGUAUUUCACUAUUAUAAAAACUAUAAAUACUUCAAGCUUCUUUUUCUAACCAAGGAGGGAACUCAGGACAUUUCACCUUUUUUCCACCUUCUGGGAUUAAACAGAACUGAUGAUUGAGCUACAUUUAUUGUGGAAGUGAUUUGGGAGGCCAAGAAAAUAAAAUCUGCCUCUGUUUCCACUAUUUCCCAUAUUAUUACCAUGAAGUGAUGGCCCCGGAUGCCAAAAUCCUAGUUUUUCGAAAUUGAGUUUUAAGUCAGCAUUUUCACUCUGUUCCUUCACCUUCUGUCAGAGGCUUUUUAGAUCCUCUUCACUUUCUGCCAUUCGGUUGCUAUCAUCUGCACAUCUGAGGUUAUUUGUCCAGGAAAACUUGAUUCCAGUUUGGGAUUCAUCCAGCCCAGCAUUUCACACAAUGUACUCUGCAUAGAAUUUGAAUAAGCAGAAUGACAACAUACAGCCUUAACUUACUCCAUUUUUGAGCCAGUCCAUUGUUCCAUGUCUUGUUCUGACUAUUGCUUCUUGUCCUGCAUAUAGGCUUCUCAGGAGACAGGUAAGCUGGUCCCAUAUUCCCAUCUCUUUAAGAAUUUUCCACAGUUUGUUGUGAUCCACACAGUCAAAGGCUCUUGCAUAGUCAAUGAAGCAGAAGUAGAUGUUUUCUGGAAUUGCCUUACCUUUUCUGUGAUCCAGCAGGUGUUACAAAUUUGAUCUCUGCUUCCUCUGCAUUUUUAAAUCCAGCUUAUACAUCUGGGAAUUCUUGCUUUGUAUACCGCUGAAGCCUAGCUUGAAGGAUUUGGGGCAUGACCUUGCUGUGAGGUGUGUAUACUGCUAUGGUAGCUUGAACAUGAAAACUGACCAUUUCCAGUCCUGUGACCAUUGUGGAGUUUUCCAAAUAUUGAGUGCAUAUUCAGUGCAGUAUUUUAAGAGCAUCAUCUUUUAGGAUUUUAAAUCAUUCACCUGGAAUUCCAUCACCUCCACUAGCUUUGUUCUUAGUAAUUCUCCCUAAGGCCCACUUGACUUCACACUCCAAAAUAUCUAGCUCUAAAUGAGUGACCACACCACCAUGGUUAUUGGGGUCAUUAAAAUCUUUUUUGUAUACUUCUUCUGUCUAUUUUUGCCACCCCUUUUUCAUCUCUUCUGCUUCUGUUAAGUUCUUGCUGUUUCUGUCCUUUAUUGUGUCCAUCUUUGCAUGAAAUAUUCCCAUGGUAUCUCCAAUUUUCUUGAAGAGAUCUCUAGUCUUUCCCUUUCUAUUGUUUUCCUCUAUUUGCAUUGAUCAUCUAGGAAAUCUUUCUUAUCUCUCCUUGCUAUUCUUGGGCAUUCUGCAUUCAGAUAGAUAGAUCUUUCCUUUUCUCCUUUUCCUUUCGCAUCUCUUCUUUUCUCAGCUAUUUGUAAGGCCUCCUCAGACAACCAUUUUGCCUUCUUGCAUUUCUUUUUCCUGGGGAUGGUUUUGGUUAGCACUUUCUGUAUGACGUCAUGAACCUGCAUCCAUAGUUCUUCAGGCGCUCUGUGUACCAGAUAUAAUCCCUUGAAGCUAUUUGUCACUUCCACUGUAUAAUAGAAGAGAUUUGAUUCAGGUCAUAGCUGAAUGGCCUAGUGGUUUUUCCUACUUUCUUCAAUUUAAGUCUGAAUUUUACCAUAAGGAGCUCAUGAUCUGAGCCACAGUCAGCUCCCAGUCUUGCUUUUGCUAACUGUAUAGAGGUUCUCCACCUUUGGCUACAAGGAAUAUAAUCUAUCUGACGUCAGUAUUGACCAUCUGGUGAUGUCCAUGUGUAGAGUCAUCUCUUGUUUUGUUGGAAGAGUGUUUUUCCUAGGACCAGCGUGUUCUCUUGGCAAAACUCAAAUAACCUUUUCCUUCCUUCAUUUUAUAUGCCUAGGCCAAACUUGCCUGUUCCUCCUGGAAUCUCUUGACUUCCUACUUUUUCAUUCCAGUCCCCUAUGAUGAAAAGGACAUCUUUUUUUGGUGUUAGUUCUAGAAGGUCAUGUAGGUCUUCACAGAAGUGUAAACCUGUGAAAAGUUUGAACAUAUCCUGAAUAAUCAACCUGAUAAAAAAGCUGCUGGGAUAUCCUCACAUAUUGAUAUAAAUGACAGCCUUUUUAAUAAAUCAGGAUCAAGGGGUACCAGAAAUGCAAUAACAGGGAUUUUCUCACAUCAUUUGUAGGAGAAAAAUUGAAUAAUGCCCUGAGAUGUCUAUUUCACUGUAUCUCAAUGGGAGAUCAUUCACUCAUCCUACUACACAAUCAACCCAGUGUUAGUUCCAAAUAGAAAAUGUGGACCAAAAGCCAUGUAGAUACAGCAAAACCUCAGAGAUAGUCCAGCUUGGGUUCCAGACCAGAGAAAUAAAUUGAAUAUCAUAAUAAAGAGAAUCAAUCAAACUUUCAUUUCCCACUUUGUAUAUAGCUUUGUUGACACUGUCUGAAGUCUGUUAACCGUGCAAUAGCUUUAUGACUAGAUAAAUAAUAUACAGAGUUUAACAAUGCUGUGUUUGUUGUUUGAGCAUCAUCUGUGCCUUCAUGAGGUAACAUGUUUUUGCCCGUGGAGGGUCUUGUCUCAGUGCCUAUGUCUGCUGACUGAUCAGGGAGGUGGUUGCUGAAGGUUGGGGUGGGCAGGGCAAUUUCUGAAAAGAGGACAACAAUGAGGUUUUCCACAUCCUAUGACUCUUCUUUUCACAGAUUUAUCCAUAGCAUGCAGUACUCUUUACCAGUGUUGGCAUCCAUGAAAAUAACAUCGAUCUCAUUGAACUUCUCCAUCAGAUUCUUGGAUGCUUUGUCAAUCAGCAGUAAUAUUUUGAAAGGAAUCUUUCUUUCUGAGCAAUAGAUCGCCAUUGUGGACCUGAAAUAUUUGGCCACCAAUGUUGUAAACAGAUAGGCUGUCAUCCAGGCUUCAUUGUUUCAUUUACGGAGCACAGCCAGAACAAA